UCGCGCAGCUCAUCCCAAUGACAACUUGAAAAGUGAGGACCGAAGUGGACCCAUGUGCUGUGUUUCUGGUCAGUUAUAGUCACACACGCAGCGCAGAUCACAGGCGAAUCAUGCCGCCCCUAUCGCUACCCCUUAUGAGUAUUUUUAGACACAAAAACAAGGAUGGUUUUCAAAGGCUAUUGACAUGGUGCAGUACCAUACACACAGACUCUGGAAUAUGGUCACUCGGCAGUGUCCGAUUCUCAAAUAAGGCUGGGUGUUUGAAGACAACUGAUCUGGCACGAACUGCCCGGCAAGUUUGGGGACCUCGGGCCACACCAUACAUGUGCUUCUCAACCACUUGCGGCGAGGAUAGGACGGACUGGCUGUGGUCAGAAUACAACAAAACAAAAUCGCAAACAGAAGCACUCAUCCCUGAUAUAUUGAGGAAUUCAGUGAAUCCCAACACAAUAUUUGCCAACAAUGAAACCAGUCUACAAGAGAUUGAGAUAUAUGGGUUUGACUAUGACUACACCUUGGCAUUCUACUCAAGUCAUCUUCACACUCUAAUUUUCAACAUCGCACGGGACAUCCUCAUAGAAGAACACAGAUAUCCUGAGGGGUUACGAGAAUACGAGUACAUUCCUAAUUUUGUGAUCAGAGGACUUCACUAUGACGUGCAAAAGGCUUUGCUAAUGAAGAUAGAUGCCUUUCACUACAUCCAGCUGGGAACAGUGUACAGGGGUCUUCACCCAGUCCCUGAUAAGGAAGUGAUAGCCAUGUACGAAGGCUCCCAUGUCCCCCUGGAGAUCAUGAGUGACUUCUAUGGCAAGAGCUCCCAUGGCCACACCAUGAAGCAGUUCAUGGACAUCUUCUCCCUGCCCGAGAUGAAUCUUCUCUGCUGUGUCAAUGACUACUUCAUGAAGCACAACAUCGACUAUGAGCCAGUCCAUUUAUACAAAGAUGUCAAGGAGGCGAUCGGAGAUGUCCAUUGUAAGGGUAUAAUGUAUCGGGCAGUUGAAGCAGAUAUUGAGAGGUAUAUCAGCUAUGGGGAGCAGAGCAAAGCUGUUUUGACAAAACUCUCAGAAAACGGGAAGAAAAUGUUCCUGAUCACAAACAGCCCAUUUGACUUUGUUGAUCGAGGGAUGAACUACAUUGUGGGGAAGGACUGGCGAGAUCUGUUUGAUGUGGUGAUCGUGCAGGCGGACAAGCCUGGCUUUUUCAACGACAGGAGAAAGCCCUUCAGACGUGUUACUGAUAAAGGCGUGCUGCUGUGGGACAGGAUUCAUCGCCUGGAGAAAGGACAGAUUUACAAGCAGGGCAACUUAUAUGAGUUCCUGAGACUCACAGGCUGGGGCGGCAAUAAGGUGCUGUACUUUGGAGACCACAUCUACAGUGACCUGGCGGACCUGACCCUGAAGCACGGCUGGAGGACAGGAGCCAUCAUCCCAGAGCUGUGGAAGGAGAUCAAGAUCAUGAACACCGAGGAGUACGUCCACACCAUGACCUGGCUACAGGCACUCACGGGGCUGGUGGAGAGAAUGCAGGUGUACAGAGACCCGGCAUCUCAGGCUGUAGUUCAACAGUGGGUCGAAGAGAGACAGGACAUAAGAUCAAGGACAAAGGACAUAUUCAACGCUCAGUUCGGAAGCCUAUUCCGCACCUACCACAACCCCACCUACUUCUCCCGUCGCCUCAUGCGCUUCGCUGACAUCUACAUGCCCUCCGUCAGCUGUCUCCUGAACUACGACCUCCAGCACACCUUCUUUCCCCGCCGCACUCCCCUGCAGCACGAGUCCCCCCUGUGGCCAGAGCAGAGUACUGCAGUCAGGACGGCCACACCUCACCCAGCUUAACCCUUUGAGGAGUAAGGACUUUUUCCCAGUUCUUCUAGAAUUUCACUUGAACACUCUACAGCUCCCAUAGAACUCUGUGUUAAAAAAUCCCGCAAAGUCCUUGUGACAUUAUAAUGAGAACUCAACAUUUUGGCAAAAUUCUAAUCACGUAUUUGUGAUGGUACACCUCCUCAAGAUCAAGCAUGGAUUCCACUUCAACACUGCUUAUUAUACAGUCUGAUCUCAGGCUGCGGUGACACACCACUGCUCAUUUGACAUUUGGAAGUACUGUAGGUCCCACUUUGAAAAGCAGCGUGUCAAGACGGUGUUACUGCUAAAGGGAGCAACAAUGCGUUUUAAAUGACAUUCAGACAAAAGCCAAGACUGGCCAGCUUUUUAAAAACUACCGUAGCUAUUUAUUUUGACUUUUUAUUUUAUUUAGACUGUUGUCUCUUGAAGAUUCUGUGUUCUGCAAAUUUGACUGGAAUUUCGAAUUCCACUCAGGCCUUCACAAACAACCGGUAAAGGGACUGGCUUUUAGCAGCAUGCACUGUACAGUAUGUAGGGUGUUGAAAGCAAUACCACUCACUUCUUCACACAACUUGUAGGUCACUGAUGUAACAAGUUACAAUUUUAGGCAUGAAAAGGCAUCCAACACACAGGACAAGCUCAGUGUCUGUCUGUCACCGUGUCUUGCAGAGUUAUACUGUACAUUUGCUCUCAGUGAAGCGUAGAUUUGGGAACUGGGUGAACACUUGAAAUCCUGUAAAGCCCCGUCACACCUGGUCUGGCUUCUUAAAAUCCUGCUGAAGGUGAUGAUGCAGCCUGUGUGCAGACAGUGAUGAACAAUGGAUCUUGUGAUGCGGUUGUGCACAAGAUGCUGUUCCUUCUUCUCUGUAAAUGCCUUAUAUGGUCUCAACAGAUAUCACUUCCUCCCAGUCUGUCUUUAGCAAUACAAUAUUCUGUGCUGUGGCAAUAAAAUGAUGUUCUCUUUAGCAUACAUACUUCAGACCUCUUGCUUAAGCAUCACUGAUCACUGAUCGUGAAAUACAAAAUAACCGAACGGAUGAAAAUGUGGUGCUUAUGCAUCUUCGUGUUACAGAGAAGCGAGGCUUACUAUCUAUAUUUUAUAGCAUAGACACAGGGUUUAUCAGUGUACUGAAAAAUAAGUGCUUGUGGCUGUGUCAAGGUUUCCUUUGUGUCUGAAUACUUUUCUAGGUUUUAAGGUAUUAAGGUUUCUAUUGGUGCACUUUGGAUCGCAGAGACCUGACUUGUAUGGGUGUGUUGACGUGCAGAGUGUUUUUUGACUGUUUUAAGGUUUGAUAUUGGCUCCAGUUUGUUGGAGGAAGACAUAAAGCACAUGUGUAAACACAUGGAUAUCUCAUGUAUAUAGUUUUUGUUGCUUGAAAAACCUAAAACUUGGUACUGCAAAUGAUAGUCUAUUUAUCUAGUGACAGGUGUUGCACUAAAUGUCUUUGUUCAAAUGCGUGGCAUAUGUACUGUAUUAACCAAAAUCUCAGCAAAGCAAUACACAAGAUUAGACUAGACAUCAUAACUCCUGGGGCCUAUACUAAGAAGCUGAUUCAGAAGUAAACCAGGUUAAGAGGUAAACCAUCUAACAGAAGAGCCUGGAGUCCUCAUUUUCUUAAAAGCACGAGGACUCCAGGUUCUUCUAUUAGGUGAUUUACCUCUUAACUUAACCUGGUUUGCUCCUGAACCAGCUUCUUAGUAUACCCCUCUGGUGUAAAGUCAUCUUUUGUUGUGUCUGGGAAGGGAGCUCUCAGGAUGCAUCAGGUUUUACUGUACAGGAAAUGAAUUGUUUUACCAGGAUCAUUUGGUGGAACGAAUUAUUGUAUCAAACCAGAAUAAGGACAUUGACUCUGUAUUUCACAGUUCCUCAGAAUGUAACCCCUCAUCUCAUCACACAUUAAAGCAACUUUCAUUCUCUAUCAA